AUGGAUUCUCCUAUUGAUGAAAUUCAAAAAAAUAUGUCAAAAAAGAAAGAAAGUGAUCCAUUAAUUAUGUCCACAAAAAUUAAUAUUUCAUCUAAUAAUGAUAAUAAUGAUGGAAUUUAUUUAUGUUGGAAGGAUUUAUGGGUAAGUGUGCAAGAUAAAAAAGUUGGAAGAAGGCCAAUACUUGAAGGGAUAAGUGGAUAUGCUCAACCUGGUGAAGUUUUGGCUAUUAUGGGGCCUUCUGGUUGUGGCAAAUCUACGCUUCUUGACGCGUUAGCAGGUAGAUUAGCUUCAAACACAAGACAAAGUGGAGAUAUACUUGUCAAUGGACGCAAACAAGCACUAGCUUUUGGAACUUCGGCCUAUGUGACACAAGAUGACACACUAAUGACAACAUUGACAGUAAAAGAAACAAUAUGUUAUUCAGCUCAAUUACAACUCCCUCAAUCAAUGUCAUUAGAAAGAAAGAAAGAAAGAGCAGAAGAAACAAUAAAAGAAAUGGGAUUACAAGAAGCAAUGAACACAAGAAUUGGUGGAUGGAGUUUAAAAGGAUUAAGUGGUGGACAAAAAAGAAGAGUUAGUAUUUGUAUUGAGAUAUUAACAAGACCAAAAUUAUUGUUUCUUGAUGAACCAACAAGUGGUUUGGAUAGUGCUGCAUCUUAUCAUGUCAUGAAUAGAAUUAUCAAGAUUGCACAACAAGAUAUGAGGACUAUUGUGGCAUCAAUUCAUCAACCUAGUAGUGAAGUUUUUGAACUAUUUGAUAAUCUUUGCCUUCUAUCUUAUGGUAAAACCAUUUAUUUUGGCUCAACUUCCAAAGCAAAUGAGUUUUUUGCUGUCAAUGGAUUUCCUUGCCCAUAUAUGAGGAACCCUUCUGAUCACUAUCUUAGAACAAUUAAUAAGGAUUUUGAUGAUAUUGAGGAAGGAUUGGGCAAAAACAUAAUUAACUCAGGCAAAGCAAUUGACACUCUUGUUAUGUCAUAUGAAUCAUCAGAAGCUUGCCUUAAUGUUAGGCAAAGGGUUCUCACAAUUUCUCAAAAGAAUGGACGAUUCCUCGAAAAUAAGGGAAGUCAAGCAGGGUUCAUCACUCAAUGUAGAGUUCUAACACAAAGAUCGUUUGUCAAUAUGUAUCGCGAUUUAGGCUAUUACUGGCUUCGAUUGCUUAUUUAUCUUGCACUUUGCUUGUGCAUUGGCACUAUCUUUCAUGAAAUUGGCUCUGAUUAUGGUUCAAUUCAGGCUAGAAGCUCAAUGCUUGUAUUUGUGGUUGGCUUCUUAACAUUCAUGGCAAUUGGUGGAUUCCCUUCUUUUGUAGAGGAAAUGAAAUUUUUUACGCGCGAAAGGCUAAAUGGACACUAUGGUGUGGGUGCAUUUGUGAUUGGCAACACAUUAUCAUCAACACCAUUCUUGUUAUUGAUCUCUUUGGUUCCUGGAGCUGUGGCUUAUUAUCUUGCUGAUGUUCAAAAAGGGAUUGAUAAAUUUGCCUAUUUUUUCCUAAUGUUAUUUGUUUGCAUGAUGCUAGUUGAGAGCCUAAUGAUGAUUGUUGCAAGUAUUGUCCCUGACUUCCUCAUGGGAAUUAUAACAGGUGCCGGAAUUCAAGGAAUAAUGAUGCUAAAUGGAGGUUUUUUUCGAUUGCCAUAUGAACUUCCAAUGCCAAUUUGGAAAUAUCCAAUGUACUAUCUAUCCUUCCACAAAUAUGCAAUUCAAGGUUUUUAUAAAAAUGAAUAUGAAACUUUUACAUAUUUUACAAAUAGUGGAUUGGCUAUAAUAGUUACUCGUGAUGAAAUAUUGAGAGAUAUUUUUCAAGUAGAAUUAAAUUAUUCUAAGUGGGGAAAUAUUGUUAUUGUUUUUGGGAUGGUCAUUUUAUAUAGGUUAAUUUUUCUUUGUAUUAUUAAGGGUAAAGAAAAGUUUAGACCUUUGGUAAGAGGUUUUAAAUAUUGUUAUGUACCACAUAUAUAAUAGAUAUAUGACAUGUUGAAAGUUUGGC